CUUAAAAGGUAGCAAUGGCAAUUUAGUAACAAUACAUUAAUAUUUAAGUAUCAAUGAAAAAAUAAAAUAGUUGGUUUUACGAAGGAUAUUACAAUCUAAAAGGUAACCACAAUGUUGACGGGAUGGAGAUUCAUUUUAUCCAAACUAUUCAUAAUACCCCAGAGGUAUGUCAUGGCUAUCAUGGCGCUGUUCGCCAUAGCCAACGCAUACACCAUGAGGGUGUGUUUGAACAUAGCCAUAACCCAAAUGGUCAAGAAAGAGAGCAGUGAGUCAGGGAGUUACGACCCUUACGCCUGCCCUGAUCUGACCACUCUAGUCAGUAGUUCCAAUACUACGAGUACAACAGAAUACGUCGAGAACGAUGUAGUUCUGUUCGAUUGGAGUGAGGCUACUCAGGGCUUACUCCUUAGUUCGUUCUACUACGGCUACGUCCUCACUCACAUCCCUGGAGGCAUGUUGGCCGAGAGGUUCGGAGGGAAGUGGGUCCUCGGGCUGGGCCUCCUCUGCACCGCCGUUUGUACCAUCAUCACUCCCAUCACGGUCAAAAUGGGAGGAGCCCCUGCUUUGUUCAUAUUGAGAGCCAUUGAAGGUUUCGGAGAGGGUCCAACUAUGCCAGGUCUAAUGGCCAUGGUAUCGCGCUGGGCACCUAAGCAUGAACGGGCCAGGUUUGGAUCUCUAGUCUUCGGGGGGGCCCAGAUUGGGAACAUCGCCGGCACCUACAUCUCAGGACUGAUCCUGUACAAUGGCAACUGGGAGGACGUGUUCUACGUGUUUGGAUUAAUUGGAAUCUUAUGGUUUUUACUUUGGACUGUCCUGUGCUACAGUACGCCCAACACUCAUCCGUACAUUUCUGACUCCGAGAAACAAUUCCUAAACGAGACAGUUGACUGUUUAAAGGGGGGCCAGAAGAAACUGGACCCCACCCCAUGGAAGGCCUUACUUCGAUCUGUGCCUCUUUGGGCACUGAUAAUGGCUGGCAUCGGCCACGAUUGGGGAUACUUCACCAUGGUGACGGAUCUCCCCAAGUACAUGACAGACGUGCUCAAGUUCAACAUCAAGUCCACUGGCACACUAUCAGCACUUCCAUACGUGGCUAUGUGGAUCGCCGCUUUCAUCUUCGGUCUAAUUUGUGAUUUUUGCAUCAAACGAGGCUACCACAGCAUUAAAAAUGCCAGGAAAAUUUAUACAAGCAUUGCGGCCACCGGUCCUGGUCUUUGCAUCAUUAUGGCUUCCUACUCCGGCUGUGACACCACCAUGGCUGUCUUCUGGUUCAUCUUCGCCAUGGUGCUCAUGGGGGCGUACUACAGUGGUAUGAAGAUCAACCCCUUGGACAUCAGUCCGAACUACUCAGGAACCACGACAGCGAUGGUCAACGGGAUCGCAGCCUUUUCUGGAAUAAUAGUGCCUUACCUCACUGGAUUGCUGACUCCAGAUUCAACUCUGAAACAGUGGCGACUUUCAUUCUGGGUGUGCCUUGGAGUUCUGAUGACCACCAACCUCAUCUACAUCUUAUUCGCGCAGGGCGAGCAGCAAUGGUGGGAUGACGUCAGAAAACAUGGCUACCCUGACAACUGGAAACAUGGACCUCUAAAAGCAUACUCAAAUGAUACAGAGGACCAAAAAUAUGUAGAAAAUGAGGAAAAGAAAGAGAAACUCUAAACGACUGCAUCUUUAGGCUAAUCAUUAAUUUUAAGGAAAACGUGAUAAUUAGUAUGUAAAUAAAUAAACGGGUAAUUAAUUUA